CCUCCAUACGGAUCAUGACGUCCACAGCCAUGAACGCGUUGGUGACCUUCCUAGUAGGUUCCCUUGUUGGUGUCGCAGUUUCAGAAGAAUCACUGAAGAUCAGACUUGUCAGGGGAAGCAAUAACUGCAGCGGGAGGCUGGAGGUCAACCACGACGGGGAAUGGGCCACUGUGUGCAGCCAGAACUGGGAUAAGCAGGACACCAGAGUGGUUUGUCAGCAGCUGAAAUGUGGUUCCCCAAUCUUUGCCAAGCGUUGCGGCUGGCAUAAGAAAGGAAGCGGCGCCAUCUGGCGGAACCAGGUUCAGUGCACGGGGGAUGAGCAGUCGCUGUCUGACUGCCAAGUGACUGCGACAGAGGGACACAGGUGUACCCACUGGGAGGAUGUCUGGGUGUCUUGCAGAGAACCUUUUCAAGUCAGAUUGGUUGACGGUCCCAACAGAUGUGCUGGACGGCUGGAGGUCUAUCACGGCGGGGAAUGGGGAAGCGUGUGCGAUGACCUCUGGGACGACAAAGAUGCCAACGUGGCAUGUAGACAGCUGCAGUGUGGAGCCUACCAGCAGCACACUCCAAGGAGGAAACGGUUUGGCCAAUCAAAAGGGCAGAUUUGGUUGGAUGAUGUCCAGUGUGAGGGAGAGGAACCAUCGCUGGAUAAGUGUAAGCACCGUGUGUGGGCACACAAUGACUGCACCCAUGACGAGGAUGUCAGCGUUUACUGCACAGGCUGAAGGCAGGACAAGUCUCCAUAAAGAAAUAAUUCCAGUCUAACCAUGGAUCACUUUUAAGAUUAGUUAUCGCAAAGACGGAGCACACCCACAACUUACUCUGUAACUCUGUAUAUGCCAGCCAAGAUAAGGUCCUUCUCCAAAAGCAUACAUGUAUUGUUCAGAAGCUGAUAUUAGUUGCUAAUUCAUCCCCAUAGCAUUAUGUUUAUUAAAGAAGGGAACAUUGUGUGCACCUCUGAAACAUGCCCAUUAUGUUUUGGAGGUACUUCCCUUCUCCCGGUGUUGGAUAAGGAGGCUUCUUCUCCCGGUGUUGGAUAAGGAGGCUUCUUCUCCCGGUUUUGGAUAGGGAGGCUUCUUCUCCCGAAGUUGGAAAAGGAGGCUUCUUCUCAAGGUGUUGGAUAAGGAGGCUUCUUCUCCCGGUGUUGGAUAAGGAGGCUUCUCCAGGUGUUGGAUAAGGAGGCUUCUUCUCCCAGUGUUGGAUAAGGAGGCUUCUUCUCCUGGUGUUGGAUGAGGAGGCUUCUUUUCCCGGUGUUAGAUAAGGAGACUUCUUCUCCCGAUGUAGGAUAAGGAAACUUCUUCUCCCGGUGUUAGAUAAGGAGACUUCUUCUCUCUGUGUUGGAUAAGAAGACUUCUUCUCCCGGUGUUGGAUAAGGAGACAUCUUUCCCGGUGUUGGAUAAGGAGACUUCUUCUCCUGGUGUUGGAUAAGGAGACUUCUUCUCCCGGUGUUGGAUAAGGAGGUUUUUUCUCCCGGUGUUGGAUAAGGAGACUUCUUCUGCUGGUGUUGGAUAAGGAGACUUCUUCUCCUUGUGUUGGAUAAGGAGGCUUCUUCUCCUGGUGUUGGAUAAGGAGGCUUCUUCUCCUGGUGUUAGAUAAGGAAGCUUCUUCACCCGGUGUUGGAUAAAGAGGCUUCUUCUCCCGGAGUUGGAUAAGGAGGAGACCCAUUAUGUUUUGAAGGUAUCUAUCUUCUCCCGGUGCUGGAUAAGGAGGCUUCUUCUGGUGCUGGAUAUGGAGGCUUCUCCCGGUGCUGGAUAAGGAGGCUUCUCCCGGUGCUGGAUAAGGAGGCUUCUCCCGGUGCUGGAUAAGGAAACUUCUCCUGGAGCUGGAUAAGGAGGCUUCUCCUGGAGCUGGAUAAGGAGGCUUCUCCCGAUACUGGAUAAGGAGGUGAAAUGACACCUGAAUUCACGAGGGAGGGACUUACAAGCAAUCCAAAACCCAAGUUUGGCCUCUGGAUAUAUAUUUUAUCUCAAUUUCAAGAGUUUUCACAAAGUUUCUUCUUCUGUUUGAUUUACCCACAAAGGCAUAUAAAGAGUAAUAUGUUCAUAUUUUGUAUUAGGGAGACUCAUGAAACCUUCUACAUAAUUGGAGAAGUUACCCAUAGCAACCAAUCAAUCAGAUUCUACCUCUCUGUAAUAGAAUGUAUUAGAUAUAAGUGAUAGCUAGAAUCUGAUCUGCAAUUACUGUCAGAGAGAGUUUUUUUCUUUAACAUCUUAAAUUAUUGAUCAAAUAAUAAAUCCAUCCACACGUUAGCCAGAAUUGUGGCUGAAGAGCUAUGGAGGACUUCUUAUACUCACCGCCUUCAGCUGACAUCCAUACGGUUUACUUUAGUUUAUAAUAUUUAUCUAUUUUGUGAUCAUUAAGCACUUUAAUAAUAAAUUGUGUGUUAUUUUGGCAUUUAGCAACGAUAGUCCACGUUUCUAGGCACAGUGUUAAAUGCUCCAUUCAGUAAAAAGACACAUAUAAGAAUUGUAUUUUGAUAAUAAAAAAAAUACAUUCUACCAUGA